GCAUGACAUGAUCGUUAGCCCUCGUAUAUAAGCGCUCGUAUUCUCCUCUUCAACUCCUCCACUGUCUCCCUUCUGCUCCCUCAUCCAUCAAUCACAAAAUGUCAGCAGCCAUGAACGCCAACCGCGGCGCCAAAAUCAUCCUCCACUCCCUCGAACGCUCUCGUUCGCAACGCAUCCUCUGGCUCCUUACCGAACUCAACCUCACCUACGAAAUCCGGCCCUACAAGCGCGACGCCCAACAACGCUCCCCACCGUCCCUAAAAGACCUGCACCCGCUCGGCAAAGCUCCCGUGCUUAGCAUCGCCCCGGCUGCGAACAAGCCAGCUCUCUUGCUGGCCGAAUCCGCCGUCAUUGUCGAGUACCUCGUUGAUCAUUUCCCGCCUCCUGCAGCACCACCAGCAGCACCACCAGCAGUAGCAACCAAAUCCGACCCCGCGGAGGAUCAAGCAGGCUUCAAAUCUGGGCUGACCACGCCGCCGCGCUGGGAGGCCGGGCAAGAGGGCCAGGUAGGCGGGGAGACGGAGGCGUGGCUCCGGUACCGAUAUCUGAUGCAUUACGCGGAGGGGAGUUUGAUGCCGUUGGUGGUGACGAGGAUUGUGAUGGAUGCGGUCAAAACCGCCCCGGCCCCAUUCUUCGUCAAACCCUUGCUGGGGAUCGUCCCCGCCAUCGUGAAUAAGGAGUACACGCGCCCGAACCUGGACACGCAUUUUACGUUUCUGGAGGGUCAGUUGACGCCAACGACAACGACAACGACAACAUCUCCUCGAUCGUACCUCACGGGCUCACAAUUCACGCCGGUGGAUAUCUUGAUGAGUUAUCCGUUGGUGAUCGCGGAUGAGAUCAACGCGAUCGACCCGCUGAGGUUCCCUCGGUUGAAGGCUUACGUGCAGGCGCUGAGGGAGAUGGAGGGGUAUCGGAGGGCUGUGAGGGUGUUGGAGGAUGUGGAGGGCCAGAAGUAUCGGCCUUUCUGAUUUAUCAAGGGAAGGCGGAAAGGCUUGGAUGAGUAGCCAGCCGUUCUUGUUCGGGAGAGUUAGUAAUGUGUAGUAGUUGGAUAUGUGUGAAGGCGUUUUUCUAUACUGCUGAUUGCAUUAGGAUCAUCUACGGAGAUUGAGGAUGAAACUGGGCUCAAGUCACUGCCUCUUGCCAGUACUCUAAGCGCUGAUUACGUGGAUAAUUGCGAGCUUGCGAGGGGAAAAGGCUGGGGCUCUUCUUCCCAUUCAUGCGGCCACAAGAAGCACUAACUACGGAGUAUACUUCUAAUUGCUGAUGUCUUCGGAUUUGGGGUUAGCGCGGCGCUUAACCUCAAUAUCGGGGCGGGGUCGGGGUCCGAGAUCCGCGCGUACUACUACCAACAAAUCAUUUGUCCCAGUAUGAACUGAAAGACUUGGACAGUAAGUCAGGUCAGUUUUAGCUUGCAAUUUUUUUCCUCUCGGGGUGGAGAAAUAUACAUUGACCUAAGC